AUGGCGGAGAAGAAGAUGAAGGCAAAGGAGCUGAAACGGAAAAACAUCCUGGAUUCCAUGCAGCGCAUCCAAGACUUCCUGACGAAUUACGAUGAGGAGCGAGACAUGAACGAGGUAGCGAUACGUCUGGCCCGACUUGAUAACUUGAUGGAAACUUUCGAAGCGAUCCAAGGAGAAUAUGAAACGUACGACGAUGAACCAGAAUUUGCUGCGGCUAAUGCGAAGGUAAGGGCAAGGGUGGAAGAGCAGUACUUUAGGGUAAAAGGUGGUCUCGUAAGCAAGGUUCCUCCCCUUCCUCCAAUCUCAACCAAUCCAUUAAACCAACAAGGUGCUCCAGCAAUUGCUCAUGUAACCGGUGUGAAACUCCCCACUAUCGAAUUGCCUAAAUUUGACGGUGAUCUGAAUGAAUGGUUAACGUUUCGCGAUUCCUUUUCAUCACUGAUUCACUCGUCGCCAGAAAUCCCAUGCAUCCAAAAGUUUCAGUACCUCCGAUCUGCUUUGCGAGGUGACGCGCUAAAACUCAUUGAAUCCUUAACCAUCACCGCAAACAACUACGCGGUAGCUUGGGAAGCACUUCUUAACCGCUACUCCAAUACAUACUUAUUAAAAAAGAAACACUUGCAAGCUCUAAUUGUCCACUCGAAGGUCUCGGGAAAAUCCGCUGCUGGUUUACGUGCUGUUGUAGAGGAUUUCCAACGGCAUGUCAAAAUACUCAACCAACUAAAUGAACCAACCGCGCAUUGGGGCAGUCUCUUGGUUCAACUACUGUGCGCUCGAAUCGACGAUUACACCCUGAAGGAAUGGGAAGAAUUUGUCUCUGCUAAUCACGAACCAACGUAUGAAAACCUCAUCGAAGUACUAACCCGUAAAAUCCGGACUUUAGAAUCCCUUCACAUUUCGGCUGAGCUGUCCACUUCUUCUUUCCAAGCAAAGCACAAUCUCCCUGUCAGGCAAACUAAACCCCAAAAUCCUACAUCGUCGAAAAUCAACUCCUACACUGCAGUGGAACGGUCCCAACCUGAAUGCCUAGCUUGCCGCGAUUAUCAUCCUUUGGUGAGAUGUCCGGUGUUUGAAAAGAUGCAGCUUAAAGAUCGAUUGAACCUGGUUAACUCGAAGCGGAUUUGUAGCAAUUGCUUCAGGGGAAACCACUUCGCCCGGAAUUGUCAAUCCAACUUCUCCUGCAAGCAUUGUCAAAAACGCCACCACUCCUUAUUGCAUCCUGGGUUCGAUGCAUCAGUAUCCACCCAGAAUCCUCCGAAAGCCAACGAAUCCUCAACAGUGGCAAAAAAUCCUGAAGAGAUCUCGUCCAACUCCGCUGUAGAAUCCCGAGGAAUGAACGUCUUCCUAUCGACCGUUGUCGUCAAGGUGCUAGAUGGCUAUGGAAAUGAGCAUUUGGCCCGAGCGCUGUUAGAAAGUGGAUCACAAAGCAGUCUCAUGAGUGACCGCCUUUGUCAGAAACUAAGAUUGCUUCGUCAUCGUAUUGACCAACCCAUCCUUGGUAUUGGUGAAUCUCCCAUUCGAGCAGUUUGCUCCGUGACCACCGAAGUGAGAUCGAGAGUUGAUGACUUCUCUAUUCCCCUGAAUUGUUUGGUGCUCAAAAAGCUGACUGCCGAUCUACCCGCUGUAACCAUUACUACUGCAAACUGGCAGAUACCGAACGACAUCACACUUGCUGAUCCCGAGUACAACAUCUCACGAAAGGUAGACCUCAUAAUAGGUGCCGAACACUUUUAUGCAAUCCUCCAGGGUGGCCGGUUGCAAAUUGGCCCACCAUCCCUAAACUUAGUUGAAAGUAGGUUCGGAUGGCUUGUUUCAGGAGCAGUGCCUUUUGAUCCCAUACCCCAAGCUCUGGUUUGUUGUCCGUCUAUUUUGGAAACCCUCAACGAGAACCUCGAAAAAUUCUGGAAAAUAGACGAAUUUGAAAAUUCUAAACCCACCCUUUCACCCAACGAUCAAUAUUGUGAGGACUUCUUCAAGGAAACGGUAAGCCGCGAUUCCACUGGUCGAUACUCCGUAAAAUAUCCCAAAAAAGAUGAAUUCGAAUCGAUGAUAGGCGAGUCAUACUCCAAUGCCAAAGCUCGUCUCAUUAGCUUGGAACAAAAAUUGGACAAAAAUCCCAUCCUUAAAGAAAGGUAUCAUGCCUUUAUGGCCGAAUUCAUCCAACUGGGACACAUGCGAGAGGUACCUGUUGACGACCCAGAACCUACUGUCGUAUGCUAUCUUCCUCACCAUGCCGUGUUGAAAGAAUCUAGCACCACUACGAAGGUACGCAGUGUUUACAACGCUUCGGCAAAAACAAGUACUGGAUUCUCUCUCAACGAUUCGCUCCGAGUAGGCCCUGUCAUCCAAGAUGAGCUCUUCGACAUCUUACUCCGCUUUCGCAAAAAUUUGGUGGUAUUGUUGGCUGACAUAGAGAAGAUGUAUAGGCAAAUCGUUCUUCAACCCGAUGACCGACCCCUUCUGCGUUUGUUGUGGAGAUUCAGCCCGAACGACCCGAUUACGAAAUAUGAGAUGACAACGGUGACAUACGGUUUGGGCCCAUCCUCGUUCUUGGCUACCCGCACACUUAUUCAACUUGCGGAUGAUGAAGGUGUUUCUUUUCCUCUCGCCGCAGCCGCUGUGAAGCGAGAUUUUUACAUGGAUGAUUUUGUACGGAGUGAAGAAACCAUAUCUACAGCAAUCCAACUGCGUAAGGAGAUGGACGAACUGAUGAGCCGUGGAGGAUUUUCCUUGAGGAAAUGGUGUUCAAAUUUUCCUGAAGUUUUAGAAGGAGUGCCACCAGAAAACCUAGCCCAUCCUAGCUCUGAAAACCUCGAACCUGGUGAGGUGGUGAAAGUCUUGGGAAUUUCCUGGGAGCCCGAGCAUGACUCAUUUUGUUUCAAAUUUGCCCCAUUCUCAACCGACGGAAAGAUUACAAAGAACCGAAUUCUUUCCGUAAUUGCCCAACUUUAUGACCCUUUGGGAUUAAUUGCUCCCGUCGUUGUACGCGCGAAAAUAUUUAUCCAACAACUUUGGUUGAUGUCCAUCGAAUGGAAUGAGGAAGUCCCGAAUGAAAUCCGAACAAGGUGGGAAAUUUUUGUAAAGGACUUGCCAUCGCUAGCUGAAUUUCGAAUCCCGCGGUUUGCCUUUGACAGAGGGGAGGUGCAGCUACAUUGUUUCACGGACGCCUCCGAAGCAGCCUAUGGAGCCUGCAUCUACGCUCGGACGGAGAAGGCCAACGGGGAGGUGAAGGUGGUACUACUGGCGGCGAAAUCCCGAGUAGCACCGCUUCAGAAACGCAGCAUCCCGAGACUAGAAUUAUGCGCUGCUCAGCUAGGCGCUCGCUUAUCGACGAGAGUUGUUGACACACUGGCCCUGAAAUCGUCACCCAUAUACUACUGGACCGAUUCGAUGGUUGUUAUUUAUUGGCUACGAGCACCAUCACAAACCUGGAAAACCUUUGUGGCUAACCGAGUCGCAGACAUCCACAUCCUAACGAAGAACGCAUCUUGGCAGCAUGUUCCCGGAGUAAACAACCCAGCUGACGUCGUCUCCAGAGGGUUAACUGUGCACCAGCUUCUGACCUGCAAAUUAUGGACCGAUGGACCCGAUUGGUUGGAAGGGGAGAGAAAAGUUGGCCGAAGUUGGAGAUCCCGAGAACCACUAAUAUUGAUGGAGACACUGAGCGCAAAACCACCACCUUGCUUAUCCAAAAUCCACCACCACUUAACCCUUUGUUUACUCGAUCAUUCUCGUACAACCGUUUGCUCCAUACAACUGCUUAUUGUUUGCGAGUUUCUCGGAAGGCGAGAAAAGAACUCAAGGAAUCCAUUUUAA